AUGAAAUACUCUACCAUCACCAUUGCCGCCCUCGCGGCUGGCGUGAAUGCCUUCAUCCCGGGCCUCAUGCCUACUACUACCACUGGCCCGCACAAGCGCGACGACAGCUGGGGCGGAGCUGUCUCUCUGGGGCCAUCCAAGUCCACCAUCGUGCACGCCGUCACAACGCUCACGCCCGGCACCGCCCCCUCGACCCAGAACGGCGAGCUCUUCCUCUGGCCCGGCAUGAGCAACGGCACCGGCGAUCUCAUCCAGACCACCCUGGAGUCCUGGCCUGAUAACUCGUGGUGCGGCGCCACCACCGGACAGUGGUGCGUCCGUGCUUCCGUCUUCGGGUACUUUGGGCAGUACGACGGUACCGCCAGCGCCGUCUCGGGCGACACGCCGGUGGAGAUCGUCUACAGCCUGAGCGGGACCGUCUGGACCCAGACCGUCACCAACGCCGACACCGGCGCCGCACUGAGCUCCUACGAGAUCGACGUCGGCUCUGGCGCCACCAUGACUGGGUAUGGAACCGGCACGGAAUGUGAUGACAGCUGCUCAGGCACAAUCGCCGCCCAGACGUACACCGGCACCACGAUCACGCUGGCUGCUGCGGACGAGUCGUUCGGCGAUACUAUCGUUACCACCGGCGGUGCGACCUACACUGGCCUGGCGACUGCGGAUGGCGGUGUCACAUGGACCAUUGAGGAAAUGUAUGUUCCUGCUAUGGACUAA